AUGUCGACCUUCUUCUACGGCCACCAGCAACAGCACCAGCACCAGCACCCUCACCACGGCGCCGCCACCCACAUGACGACCUCGAACAACCACCAUGGCGGUCGCUCUCGUCGGGGACCGAAAAUGGCUGCGCAGAAUGCCCAGCGCCAGUUCCGCGGUGUCAAAAGUAUGCGGGAAUUGGCUGAGGCUCCCGCUGUAACUGCUUUCCGUGCACGAUUCGAGGCUGGACGCUCGUUUGACUUGGAUGAUGACCUGGAAUUCUGUCCCGGUCUAUUGACAGAGGAUGAUCUGCACUCCAUUCAUUCCGCAUCUUCCGAUCGCUCCUCGCUCUCCAGUGGAUCCCCUGAUUCGUCUCCUCUUCAGCAUCAGAUUCAGCCUGUGCAACAAGUCACGCCUUCCAUUUCCUUGUCUCCUGCGUCGACGAAUGCCUAUGUUCACUCAGGGGUUACUGGUAAUCUUAAUCACGUGAACUACCAACAGCCUUCUGCCGUUCGCACCCGCAAGGUCAUUCCUAUCGUCAACCCCAACACGGGUAUGACCCUGACCAGCCCGCCGACGUCGAUCUCGCCAGCCUCGAUGCAGAAUGCUCAACGGCGGUGGUGA